UGCCGCAUCGCUGUAUGUACUCAACAGAUGCAUAAUAUAAGUUCUCAAAAGUUCUGUAAAUUAUAUAAUAUCGCAGCUCUCGUUUAUGUAUUUGUAUUCAAAAGUAGUAUAAAAUUCGCAUAAAAUCUCUGUAAGUCUCGAAGAUGUCAGACGAAGAGGUGGAAAAGUUUGAAGUUACUGACUACGACCUCGACAAUGAGUUCAACAUCAACCGCCCGAGACAUCGCUUGUCUAAGAAUAAGCAAAUCUAUGGUAUUUGGGCAGAAGACAGUGACGAUGAGGCAGGAACUUCUUCAUCUAGAAGGCCAAGCUUUAAGCCAACAAAAAAGAAACAAAGCUACACAGCACCUGUCAGUUUUGUAGCAGGUGGUAUUCAACAGGCUGGCAAGAAAAAGGCGGAAAAAACAGCAGUGAAGAAGGAAAAUGAGGGUGAAGAAGACGAGGAGCAAACAGAAACACAGGCCAAUUCAUCAAGCGAGGAAGAGCAAAUGCCCAGAGCUGGCUUUGGAAAACGGUCUGGCUUGGGAGGAAGUUCAAAAAGAUCUGGAUUUGGUGCAGGGCCUUCCUUUGAGAUCGAUGGAGACAUUGCAGGGCUGAGAAAGAGAGGUCCUGACAUGGCUAGCAGAAAACUUAUACAGAAAGGAGUGGGCAGCUGGGAGAAGCACACUAAAGGAAUUGGAGCAAAGCUUCUGUUGCAAAUGGGUUACCAGCCUGGAAAAGGUUUGGGCCGCAAUCUGCAGGGCAUUGCUGCCCCAGUUGAAGCUGCGGUUAGAAAAGGAAGAGGAGCCAUUGGAGCAUAUGGUCCAGAGACUGGUCAGAGGAUAGCAGGUCAGAAGAAAGAGGAAAAAAUGGACUCUGACGAGGAGGAGGCAAAAGAGUUCACUGAGAAAAUGUCUCAGUGGCGAAAAGGAGAAAAUGCAUCAAAAAAGAAGUCCAAGGUGAAGUAUGUCUAUAAGUCUGUUGACCAAGUCAUCGAAGAGGGCAAAGGAAAAUUAGGGCCGUCAAUCAAAGACUAUAGCAAUUUGAGUAAGGUCAAAGUGAUUGACAUGACUGGCCCAGAGCAGAGGGUUUUAAGUGGCUAUCAUGCUAUUGCUGGCCAGCACAGGCCAACAGAUGAUGACGUUCCUAAAGAAGAACUUGUCCAUUUUAAUUUGCCAGAACUAAUGCACAAUUUAGACCUUCUGGUCACAAUGUGUGAGCAGGACAUUCUUGAAAAUGAUCGACGUGUAAGGACAAAUAAAGACAGAAAAAUUGUAAUAGAGCAGGAAGUUGAAAAGCUUGGUGAAGUUAUUGACAAGCAAGGAAAACAAAUUGAAAAUAGUGAAUCUGCUCUUCAGCUUAUUGAAAAAUUGUGUGAGAAGCCUUUGUCGCUUGAAAAGGCAGCAUUCUGUAUCAAAGAGCUAAAGGAGAAGCACAAUGCCGAGUAUGAAAUAUAUGAAAUGGGAACAAUGGCAUCUAAUUUGAUCAGCCCUAUUCUGAGGGAAAAAUUGAAGUCUUGGAAACCUCUUGAAGACCCCUCGCUUUUUACGUCGGAAUUCCAAAGGUGGCAAAAAAUAUUGGAAAAUGAAAAGAGCCACACUUUGAGCUCAGCGGCAGCCAAGGAUCCAUUCCAUACUUUAGUUUGGGGAUCUUGGACUCCCAGUAUUAGGACCGCAGCAAGCAAUUGGAACUGUCGGCAGAGCACCAGCAUGAUUGCUUUGAUCGAAACAUGGAAAGGUAUUGUGCCAAGUUGGAUUUUGAACUCGGUUGUGGAACAACUGGUCAUGCCUCGCAUUGAACAAGAAGUCCAGAACUGGAAUCCUUUGACAGACAUAGUACCUGUUCAUCAGUGGCUACACCCGUGGAUUCCUUAUGCGAAAGAGCGGCUAAUUACAACAAUAUAUCCAGUGAUCAGGAGGAAACUUUCUUCUGCCCUGACUGCUUGGCAUCCAUCGGACAAUUCAGCACUUUUGAUGUUAAAACCUUGGAAACAAGCGUUUCCUCAAGGAGACAUGGACGCCUUCCUCAUGGCCAACAUUCUACCCAAACUGCAAACAGCUUUGCAAGAGCUGGUCAUUAAUCCUCAUCAACAACAACUUGAUCAAUGGAAUUGGGUGAUCCAGUGGGAAGAGUUGAUGCCGCUUUAUGCUAUGGCUACUUUGUUAGAGAAAUUCUUCUUCCCGAAGUGGCUCCACGUUCUCACAAUGUGGUUAACUCACAAUCCUAACUUCGACGAGGUUGGGAAUUGGUUCCGAGGCUGGAAAGGCAUGAUUCCAGUCUUACUGAGAAAUCAGCCUGCGGUUAAAGCUAAACUUAAUGAUGCACUCCAGCUAAUGAACAGGGCAGCAGUAGCUGUCAGUCAAAAUCAAAGUCUUGCUUUCUUGACAGUGCCUCCACCACCACCUCCGCCAACUCAGAGAGAAGCGCACGAGAUUAUGGCUGAAGCUGUCAGGACUGCAGGACAGAUUCCGCACGGUUUCAAAGAACUGCUGCAGAAAAAAUGUGAAGAACGAGGAAUUUUGUUCAUGCCGAUCCCCAACCGAUACCAUGAGGCAAAGCAGGUCUACAAAUGCGGAAAAAUUCAAGCUUACAUUGAUAGGAAUGUUCUCUUUGUUUGUAAAAGUAACACAAAUAUUUGGACACCAUCUAAUUUGCAAGCAGCGUUGGACGCAGCAGAGUAAAUUUGGAGAAAAAAAAAUUAUUAAAUAGAAGUAAAUUAAUAAAUUAGGCGAUUUGUUCACAUGUCAUAAAACGCAGCGCUUGGAAUUU